AUGGACGACUUAUUUGACGUGUUCGAGGACAAGCCGGCCUUGAGUGAUGCCACCAACGAACCCCCCAGGCCGAGAAAAGCCAGGAACAAGAAGCGACGAGCGAACGGAGACAUCAAGAUAGAUAAUACAGAGACAGAGAAUGGAGCAGAGUCGCCAGAGGCUGUCGAGGCCGCAGGUGAAAAGAGUGAUGCUGUAGAGGCCGAUGUUCAAGAAGAGCAGCCAGACAUAAAGCGCCUGCGGGUUGACCAGGAGCCGGAGCCCGUUGUGGCAGAUACCUUUGAAACCGAACAGUCUCGUGAAGUUGCCGCGUCUGCUGGGUUCCAGGGCCAACAGGAUGGGAAAGCUGUCGUGCUGUCCCAUCAAGUUCGACAUCAGGUUGCUCUACCCGCGGGCUACGAAUACGUUCCCAUCUCGCAGCACAAACCGCCAGAGAAACCCGCGCGGGUGUGGCCUUUCACCCUCGAUCCCUUUCAGCAAGUCUCGAUUGCGUCUAUCGAACGAGAAGAGAGUGUCCUCGUCUCCGCGCAUACUAGUGCUGGAAAAACCGUGGUCGCCGAAUAUGCAAUUGCUCAAUGUUUGAGGAAUAAUCAGAGAGUGAUCUACACAAGUCCGAUCAAGGCAUUGAGUAACCAGAAGUACAGAGAAUUCGCUGCUGAGUUUGGUGAUGUUGGACUAAUGACCGGCGAUGUAACCAUCAAUCCAACGGCAACCUGUCUUGUUAUGACUACUGAGAUUCUACGAUCUAUGUUAUACCGAGGCUCCGAGAUUAUGCGCGAGGUUGCUUGGGUUGUCUUUGACGAGAUUCAUUAUAUGCGAGAUAAGACCCGAGGUGUUGUUUGGGAGGAGACUAUUAUCCUUCUACCGGACAAAGUUAGAUAUGUGUUCCUUUCAGCUACCAUCCCCAAUGCGAUGCAGUUUGCAGAAUGGGUUACCAAAAUGCACAACCAGCCAUGCCACGUCGUAUACACAGAUUUCCGACCCACCCCCCUUCAACACUAUCUUUUCCCCGCCGGAGCCGAAGGCAUUCAUCUUGUGGUUGAUGAGAAGGGUGUUUUCCGCGAAGAAAACUUCCAGAAAGCCAUGAGCUCGAUUGCGGAGAAGCAGGGAGCAGACCCUGCGGAUGCCAUGGCUAAAAGGAAGGGGAAAGGGAAAGACAAGAAGAUAAACAAAGGAGGAGACAAGAAUGGUCCUUCGGAUAUCUACAAGAUCGUCAAGAUGAUCAUGAUGAAAAACUACCAUCCAGUCAUCGUCUUCAGUUUCAGCAAACGAGAGUGUGAAUCCUUUGCUCUACAGAUGAGUAAACUAGCAUUCAAUGAUAACUCUGAGAAGGAGAUGGUCUCCAAAGUUUUCAACAGUGCCAUUGAGAUCCUCUCAGAAGAAGAUAGGGAUCUACCUCAGAUCCAGCAUAUCCUGCCUCUUCUUCGACGUGGUAUCGGUGUCCAUCACUCCGGCCUCCUUCCAAUUCUUAAGGAGACCAUUGAAAUCCUCUUCCAAGAAGGGCUUAUCAAGGUUCUUUUUGCUACUGAAACAUUCUCUAUUGGUCUUAACAUGCCCGCAAAGACUGUUGUUUUUACAAGCGUCCGCAAGUUUGACGGCGUCAGCUCAAGAUGGAUAACGUCCUCAGAGUUUGUCCAAAUGUCCGGGCGUGCAGGUCGUCGAGGUCUCGAUGACCGUGGUCUUGUCAUCAUGAUGAUUGAUGAAGAGAUGGAUCCUCCGGUUGCCAAGGAUAUUGUUCGCGGAGAGCAGGACAAGCUCAAUUCGGCUUUCCAUCUUGGUUAUAACAUGAUCCUGAAUUUGCUGCGGGUGGAAGGAAUAUCACCUGAGUUCAUGCUUGAGCGGUGUUUUUACCAGUUUCAAAACACUGGUAGUGUUUCUGGCUUAGAAAAAGAACUGGUCGAGCUUGAAAGUUCUAGGGAUUCGAUGACAAUCGAAGACGAAGGCACAAUCCGGGAGUAUUAUGAUCUUCGACAGAAGAUUGAUACCUACAACUCUGAUAUGAGAGCCGUGAUAACACAUCCGAAUUAUUGCGUUUCGUUCCUCAAGCCCGGACGUCUGGUUCACAUCAAACACCAGGACUAUGAUUUCGGAUGGUCGGUAGUUGUCAACUGCCAAGCACGAAAACCGCCAAAGCAUGCCCCGCGUGAAGAGUACGAGCCUCAUGAGAGCUACAUAGUAGACGUCCUACUGCCAGUUUCGGAGGAUUCGUUCUUGAAAACAAAGGGCGUUCAACCACUACCACCUGGUGUCAAGCCAGCUAAGAAUGGCGAGCCUUCGAAGCUGGAAGUUGUCCCCGUUCUCCUUAACUGUAUACAGACAAUUUCUAUGGUGAAAAUCAAAAUGCCCAGCGACCUAAAACAAGAAGAUAGCAGGAAGGCUGUCAAGAAGCAGAUUACGCAAAUCCAACAACGUUUCCCCGAUGGCCUGGCGCUCCUUGACCCUAUUGAAAACAUGAACAUUACCGACGAUUCGUUCAAGAGAUUACUAAGGAAAAUCGAGGUUUUGGAGUCUCGCCUGAUAUCCAAUCCAUUACACAACUCUCCUCGGCUUCCAGAGCUGUACGACCAGUAUGCCGCAAAAGUGGAACUCAUUAAGAAAAUCAAGGACACGAAGAAGAAGAUCACCGAAGCCAUGUCAAUAAUCCAGAUGGACGAGUUGAAGUGCCGCAAACGAGUACUCCGCCGUUUCCAGUUCAUCAACGAAGAUGAAGUUGUGCAGCUCAAGGCUCGAGUUGCUUGUGAAAUCAGCAGUGGCGACGAACUCAUGCUCAGCGAACUGCUAUUCAACGGUUUCUUCAACACUCUCACACCCGAGCAAUGCGCCGCAGCACUAAGCGUGUUUGUCUUCGAGGAAAAUGCUAAAGACACUCCAGCCAUAACCAACGAGGAGCUCGCCAAACCGCUUAGAGAUAUCCAGGCCCAGGCUAGAAUCAUUGCGAAAGUUUCCCAAGAAUCCAAACUGCCUGUGAAUGAAGACGAGUAUGUGAAAAGCUUCCGAUGGGAGCUUAUGGAGGUUAUGUUCGAGUGGGCAAAGGGCAAAUCCUUUGCUGAUAUCUGCAAAAUGACAGAAGUGUACGAGGGAAGUUUGAUCAGAGCUUUCCGGCGCCUUGAAGAGUGUAUGCGGCAAAUGGCGCAGGCUGCCAAAGUGAUGGGAAGCAGCGACCUUGAAACGAAGUUCGAAACAUCCCUUACACUCAUAAAACGAGACAUUGUUGCUGCACAGUCUCUCUAUCUAUGA